UCUGCGAGCUGUGCUGCCAUGGAGCCCCAACCAGCUGAAGCCGCCGGAUCUGACCGACUCUCCAGCCCGCUCGCCCGGAGCCGGCGGAACCGCCAUCCCUCCACGCUGCACAUGGUGCUCGAGGCGCUGCAGGCGCAGGAUGGGAAGAAGGGCGCCUCGGUGGUCGCCAUUAAGCGCUUCAUCUUGACCAAGUACCCCGCGGUGGACCCGGUGCGCAUCAAGUACCUGCUGAAGCGGGCGCUGGCCACCGGGCUGAGCCGCGGCGUCCUGGUGAGACCCCAGAACUCCUCCGCACUGGGGGCCACGGGGCGCUUCAAGCUCGCUCCCAAGAGGCUGAAGCAGAAGCAGACGCCGGGCCAGGAGGAUCCCGGCGAGGGAACCGCCCCGAAGAUGGGACUCAAAGGGGCUGCCGGGGCCUCUGCGGCGGUGCGGAGUGAUGGAGGGCAAGGGGCUGUCAAGGAGAAGCCAAAAGCAGUGAAGAAGCCGAGGGCAAAGCCUGCAGAUGCCCAACCAGCGGUGAGGAAGCCCAGGAGCGAUGGAGUGAAGGCCCGCCGGGCCCCAGGCAAAGCACAGUCACAGCCCCCUGCAGCUCCUGCUGCCAAGGGUGUGCGAGAGGACAGUGGUGACCGCCCUGCAGGAGCUGGGGCAAAGAGGCCCAAAAAGACCCCAGCAGCCAAGAGCAAAGGGAAGGUGCCUGAGGCGGCCCAGGAAGCUGCCUUGAAGAAGAAGGGCGCUAAAGGCCAGGCAAGGAAGCCUCAGGCAGCUCCGGGUGCUGGCCAGGGGAAAAAGGUCAAAGUACAGGAGGCAACUUCUGGCAGGAAGGUGUCAUAGGGGACCAGGAGUUUGGCAGCACAGCACUGUCCCUAGCUGAGCCUGGGCUUUAGGGUAGGAGCUGGUUUUAAUUCCCAGGUGUUAACUCUGUUUGUCCACUACUAAUAAAGGCUGUAUGAUUCACUGAAUAGCACAGCUUCUGCCCUGAAUGCCAACAUCCCUGAUCCUGGGGUGAAUCUGUAGCCUUGCCCUGUGUAGGAUGGGGUG